GACAACAAUUGACACCCAAACAAACAUAACCUUAAACAUUUUCAAGUAUUUCGGCUUGUAGAGCUUGCUCGUGGUUUUUGUGCUGUUUUUUAAUAUUUGCCUUGCAAAAAGUUAAGUUUUCAGCGUAUCUUACUUGAAAACUUAUACCGAAAAAAUGGACGCAGAUUUAUACGAUGAAUUUGGUAAUUAUGUAGGCCCAGAAUUAGAUAGUGAUGAUGAGGAAGAAGAAGAACGUGAGCAACCAGAUGAGGAUGAACAACCGGAAUAUGAUGAUGAACGCAUGGAAGAUGAACCACAGCCAAUGGCAAUUGUGCUUCAUGAGGAUAAGCAAUAUUAUCCUUCAUCAUUGCAAGUGUAUGGGCCAGAUGUUGAAACUAUAGUACAGGAAGAGGACGCUCAACCGUUAGAUGUCCCUCUAAUAGAGCCCGUUAAGAAGAAAAAGUUUCAAUUGAAAGAACAAGAUUUGCCGGAAACCACGUACAGUAUGGAGUUUCUGGCUGACAUGAUGGAUAACACGUCGCUGAUUCGUAAUGUAGCUUUGGUAGGUCACUUACACCAUGGCAAAACCACUUUUGUUGAUUGUCUCAUUAGGCAAACUCAUCCUACUUAUCAAGAUAAUGAAGAGAAAAAUCUGCGAUACACGGACCUUCUUUUUACUGAACAAGAACGUGGAUGCUCAAUCAAGUCUGUCCCUGUAACAUUACUUUUGCAAGAUAUUAAAAAUAAGAGCUACCUGAUGAAUAUUUUUGACACUCCUGGUCAUGUGAACUUUUCUGAUGAAGUAACAGCGGCCAUGCGUCUCUGUGACGGUAUUGUGCUUUUUAUUGAUGCCGCGGAGGGUGUGAUGUUGAACACAGAACGUUUAUUAAAGCAUGCCGUACAAGAACAAAUGCAAAUUACGGUGUGCAUUAACAAAAUUGACAGACUAAUGCUUGAACUGAAAUUACCCCCUCAAGAUGCUUAUUAUAAACUGAGGCAUAUUGUUGAAGAAAUCAAUGGCUUACUGACGCUGUACUCCGAUGACGCGAAUCCGCAAAUUGUUUCACCAGUGUUAGGAAAUGUAUGUUUUGCUAGUUCCCAAUACGGAGUAUGUUUCACGUUGAAAUCGUUUGCCAAUAUUUACAACUUGUAUCAUGGAGAUGUCAAUGUGGACGAGUUUUCCAAGAGGUUAUGGGGAGAUAUUUACUUUAAUCCCAAAAAUCGAAAAUUUACGAAAAAAGCUCCCCAUAAUUCAGCGCAAAGGAGUUUUGUUGAAUUUAUAUUAGAACCACUUUACAAAGUGUUCGCUCAGGUGGUAGGAGAUGUUGAUUCUACUUUACCAAAAGUACUGGAAGAACUUGGAAUUAAACUCACCAAAAAUGAAAUGAAGUUGAAUAUUCGGCCGCUACUCAGGCUUGUUUGCAAUAAGUUUCUAGGAGAUUUUAAUGGGUUUGUGAAUAUGUGUGUUGAACAUAUCAAAUCACCGCUGGACAAUGCAAAAACUAAAAUCGAUUACAUUUACACGGGCCCACAUUCAAGCAAAGUAUAUGAUGAUAUGAUUCAUUGCGACCAAGAGGGACUUUUAAUGGUUCAUAGCUCUAAAAUGUACCCAACUGAAGACUGCACAUUCUUUCAAGUUUUGGGUAGAGUAAUGAGCGGUACUCUACAUGCCGGUACUGAUCUUCGAAUAUUAGGAGAAAACUACACCUUGCAGGACGAGGAAGAUUCCAGAGUAUUAACUAUUGGCCGAUUGUGGGUUUAUGAGUCCAGGUAUAAAGUGGAACUUAAUCGUGUACCUGCGGGUAAUUGGGUACUUAUCGAAGGAAUAGAUCAAUCCAUCGUCAAGACAGCUACCAUUACUGAUCUAUCAAUAAAUGAUGAUUUAUACAUUUUUAGACCACUUAAGUUUAAUACUCAGAGUAUUAUAAAAAUUGCAGUCGAACCUGUAAAUCCCUCCGAAUUGCCAAAAAUGUUGGACGGAUUAAGAAAGGUAAAUAAGUCCUAUCCCUUAUUAACCACGAGAGUUGAAGAAUCUGGGGAACAUGUCGUGUUGGGUACUGGUGAACUUUAUUUGGACUGCGUUAUGCACGACUUAAGAAAAAUGUAUUCCGAAAUCGACAUAAAAGUGGCUGAUCCAGUAGUAGCAUUCUGCGAAACAGUUGUUGAAACGUCCAGUUUAAAGUGUUUUGCGGAAACACCAAAUAAGAAAAAUAAAUUAACCAUGAUUGCGGAACCUCUAGAAAAGGGUCUGGCAGAGGACAUUGAAAAUGAGAGUGUCCAAAUUGGCUGGAAUAAAAAGAAGUUGGGAGAAUUCUUCCAGACCAAAUAUGAUUGGGAUUUACUUGCUGCUCGAAGUAUAUGGGCGUUCGGACCAGACAACACCGGUCCCAACAUUCUGGUAGAUGACACGCUUCCUUCCGAAGUAGAUAAAGGCCUGCUGAGUUCAGUUAAGGAUUCAAUUGUUCAGGGUUUCCAAUGGGGAACUCGAGAAGGGCCGUUGUGUGAAGAACCGAUCAGAAACAGCAAAUUUAAAAUUCUCGAUGCUGUCAUAGCACAAGAGCCCCUUCAUAGAGGCGGUGGACAAAUCAUUCCUACAGCUAGAAGAGUGGUGUAUUCAGCCUUCUUGAUGGCCACGCCCCGCUUAAUGGAACCGUACUUAUUUGUUGAAGUACAGGCACCAGCUGAUUGUGUAUCGGCUGUAUAUACAGUCUUAGCAAAGAGGCGUGGUCAUGUGACUCAAGAUGCUCCAGUGCCCGGAUCCCCAUUGUAUACCAUCAAAGCAUUUAUUCCGGCUAUUGAUAGUUUCGGAUUUGAAACUGACUUGAGAACUCACACACAAGGACAGGCCUUUUGCCUCUCCGUGUUUCAUCAUUGGCAGAUUGUUCCGGGUGAUCCUUUGGACAAAUCAAUUAUUAUUCGUCCUCUAGAACCUCAACCAGCCACCCACUUGGCGCGAGAAUUCAUGAUUAAGACUAGACGGCGAAAAGGUUUGAGUCAAGACGUCUCUAUUAAUAAGUUCUUUGAUGAUCCUAUGUUGCUCGAAUUAGCACGACAGGAUGUGAUGUUAAACUAUCCACUCCUUUAAACGGUUUUGCAGUUUUAAAUAUAAGUAAUUGAAAACAGUAAUUUGAGUGAUUUAAGUUUCAAAAUCAAAGUAAUUAAAAAAAAUAUGAAUGGAAAAAUUCCAUCAAAUAACACAAAAAGCAUAUUGUUUUACUUUCUAUUAUAAAUAUUUUUGUCCAUUUCGCAUUUUAAGAUGAGAACGUACUAUUUUAAAUAAAAAAAAACUGAAAACGAAA